AUGAGAAGCACUCAACUUAGUGAAAGUGUGAAUGCGGGUAUUAAAGGAUUUAUGAAUGUGAACUUUGAUAUAAUCAAAUUUUUUAAGCGCUUUGAGGAUUUUGUAGAAGAAAAGCGAUAUAAUGAAUUAAAGUGUGAAUAUGAAGCGCGACAAAAGAUUCCAAGACUAAGGAACUCAUAUUCAAAAAUCUUGCAACAAGUGUCUGAGCUUUAUACUCCUAGUAUUUUUUAUCAAUUCCAGCAUGAGUAUGAGUUGUUUGAAAAUUGCUCUGUGAAAAACAUUGAUAUGCAACCACCUUUAACUGAUUGUGUUAUUGCCAUGGAGAGUAAUUUCAGCGAGUGGCGAGUGUCACUUGAUUUGGAUAAGAAUUCAAUUUGUUGCUCUUGUCGUAAGCUUGAGAGUUUUGGCAUACUUUGUUGUCAUUGUUUGAGAGUUUUUAUUCAUAUGGAUGUCAAAUCAGUUCCAAAACAUUAUAUCCUAAAAAGGUGGACAAAGUUAGCUAGAAGUGAGACUUCACGUAAUAUUGAUGUUAGCUAUGUGGAAGAAGAUGUUGAUUUAUCCCCAGCCCAACGCUACAAAGAGAUUUGUCCUCGCCUUAUUAAGAUAGCCGCUGAAGCAUGUAAAAGUCCAUAA